UUUAUUUUAUUUUUUCUUUUUAGCUUUUUAUCGGUCAAGUUGGUCCUUCACUAUAAGAGGACACUCAUUUUUUCACUUUGACUCACUAGUCACUCCAGAGAACACAGAGAGAGAGAGAGAGAGCCAGAGCAAUGGUGAAGAUGGUGUGGCUUAUCUUCUUCCAGCUUCUGUUUCUGGGUCUUUCUGGUGCAAGGCAAGAAUCAGCUCAAGUCCUAACUCUCUCUGAGACAUCCCAUGAGGUUCUACAAGAUUCAACCUACUCUGUGAACCCACCUCCAAAGGUCUCACCUUUCUCUGAUGAAACCCUUAAACUGGUGUCUUCUCACUCAGAAACCCUUAAAAAGCUUGGAUUUUUGGGGCUCAGGAACAUCAAUGUUAUAGUCACCAACCCAAAGGAGGCAAAACCAAGAACCAGAAAGCUCUCUUCCAUUGACCCAUUUCCAGCUAGACCAAACCCACUACCCAAAACCUCAGACCCCCCACUCCACUCCUCUGUUGGCUUCUCUGUUCCUGCCAAUGUAGCCAAAAACCCUCAACCUCCACAAGCUCAAGUAGCCUCACCAGCACCAGCCCAAACAGCCUCACCUCCAAUCCCUGAAACAGCAUCACCCCCAGUCGAAAUGUCUUUUCCCGAAGCCCCCGAAAUCUCUCCUGUUUACCAUCAAGCCACCCCUCCCCCUUUUGCUUACGAAUUGCCACCGUGUAAUCCGAGAGCCCCGGCACCUGGAAUUGGGUUUGUGCAUAAACUGUGGUGUGUAGCCAAGCCUACUGUUCCGGCAGACACAUUGCAGGAGGCUGUCGACUAUGCUUGUGGAGCUGGUGGUGCUGAUUGCCAGGAGAUUAUGCCAAGCGGAAACUGCUACUAUCCUGAGUCUGUUGUGGCCCAUGCUUCGUAUGCUUUCAACAGCUACUGGCAGAAGAACAAGAGGAAUGGAGGCACUUGCAGCUUUGGUGGCACUGCUAUGCUUAUCAACAGUGAUCCAAGUUAUCAACUAUGCCGUUUUGUUAUCACCUAAAUGCAUCAAGAUUGGUAGCCGAGUCUAAUCAUCUGUUCUUAUAGGAUAGGAUUGAAUUAGGGGAAAUCUGAUUCUAUGGCGGUCUGUAAUUUUGCAACCCUUAAUUUUUGGCACUAGUUUACUAGUCUGCAUUUGAAGAUAUUAUCUAAGUAGUUAUCUCAAUGUGGUAUCUGUGCUAAACCGACAAGUACUCUUUUGACUUGUAAUGCUUUAUGAUACUCAUCUUUGCUAUGAUUAGAGGGAUUCAGCUGCUUAA